CCUGACCUUCUAUUUACCAGAGGGUAAUAUAAUUAUUGGACUAUUUCUCCACAUAAUUAAAUGCACUCCGUUAUGGAUUAAUUCUUAAGCUUAUUUUACACUUACACAAAAUAAGUUGGCGACUUAAGUAAACAACUCAACUGUUGAAUAAUGGCAUAUAUUAAGAGGCAAGUGACUGUAAAUGUGUUAAUUGAAUAAAACUAAAACUUUCCUUAACAGAGUAUUAUGUAUUUUUGCGUAGCGUAAAACGUGUCGAUCAGUAGUGGUGAUCCACUAUUCAUUCCUCCCAAUCUAUUGAAUGAAUCCAUGGAUUUCUCGAUCACAAAGUUAAAUAAGGUUUUUAUGCAGUGAUUUGUCAGUAAAUAAUUGAUAUAUUUGUUCAAGUUCCGUUUCUUAUAUCAUUGUCGUGUACCAUACCACUUAAAUUCCGCUAUCUACGAGAUUAGGUUAUUUUUCAAGAUAGUUACAUAAAGUGAAACCACCCACUUACGGUCAAUAAAACGAGAAAUAACUUGGCAAUCAGUAAACUAAUCCUGAAUAAUUCUCCAACCAUACUUUCUGCUACAUUACUUGUUUGGUGAUACAGUGUUAUCACCCGACUUCUUUAGGAUAUCAAGUAAAUAGCGUUCCUAAUUAACAUCCAGAAAUUAUGAAGUGAUAAUCCUUCAAUACAAUCCCAUGUGGAUUGAAGUUGGCAACUCCACAUGAAAGUAGCUUCUAUGCCUAUACAGUAUACCUACAUUCAUACAAAACAUUGUGCAUCAAUACAAAUAUUAAAACUGUAGUAUUUGUCUUCAGGCUCAUCGAUUACUGCUAGUUAUAAUUCAUACUAUCAUAACGCUGUUGCGUACAUAGUUGUCAAAUGAUUCUUUGUGUUGGCACUUUUCUACUGUAUCCCGUUUAGCUGAAUGGACGAAGCACGAAUUCACGGUGCUCAUGAAAUAUGUGGCAAAUCAAAGUAUCAGUGUUAUAACAGUAGGAAGUAUAUUAUUGGAUAAAUUAAAUGAUGUUCUUAUUGGUUGUAAAAAUUCAUGUGCAUGUCGCAAUGCUAAAUUCUGAUUGGUUAACCAUCUGGUGUUUUAUUAAAAAAAUUGAUCGGAUGUUGAACUUCAUAGAACAUCAUUUUUAGAGCCAUAUAAAAGUCAUUCAAAUGUGACGAGAAUUACUUUGUCAGUAUUUCCCUGCUCGCAGUUGGUUGACUUUUGAGUCGCGCAGUCUAGACGUGUUGAUGAACAGCGAAAACGCGUCUAAUCCUCAGGAAGUUAAUAGAACUAAGAAUCAUGUUCCUACAUUGAUGCUGACUGAUGAAAAUUCAGGUGAAGUGUGUAAGAUCACUGUAAAAGAUGAAAAAGGAGAUGAAGUGGAUGUAAGAUAUGAUUCAGAAAAACAACAAGCACGUGGUGGUUGGAAUGGGAAACUGGAAUUCGUUAUGACGUGUAUUGGUUAUGCUGUAGGUCUUGGGAAUGUAUGGCGUUUUCCGUAUUUAUGUCAUAAAAACGGUGGAGGUGCAUUUCUCAUCCCCUAUUGUUUGAUGUUGAUAUUACUUGGGCUUCCGUUAUUUUUUCUUGAAUUCGCAUUUGGUCAAUUUGCAAGUUUGGGUCCUAUAUCAGUUUGGAAUAUUAGUCCAUUAUUUAAAGGCAUUGGUUAUGCAAUGGUCAUUUUAUCAUGGAUACUUGUUGUAUACUAUCAAAUUGUUGUAGCGCAUUGUUUGUACUUUUUAUGCGCUAGUUUUACAAGCCGAUUACCUUGGACAGAUUGCGAUCCAUCUUGGAGUAGUCCGAAUUGUAUGGAUGCAUCUCGUACUAACUUUACGAAUAUUACAAAUCCUAAAGCUCCAUCAGAAGAUUACUACUUGUGAGCAGUACAUAGUUUAUGAAAAAUAAGUUUUUUUCGCUCUUUAUACAUCUAACGGCUUCCUUGUUUGUUUUAUCGUUAACAACAUAACUAUUCAUCCACAGUUUCAUGUUUUUAAAAUUAAUGACGUUCAAUGAUAUAAGCUAUACUAAUGCUCCAACCAUUUCAAUUUCGUUAGCUGGACAACAAAAUCUAUUCACAGUUAACUUGGUCACUAACUCAAUAGCACUGAAGUACCAUCUCUGAAUGAGACAAUGAAAAACUCAACCACCAGUUUGAUUUGGGAAUAGAAUUUUUCUAUAAAGAUUGCAGAUGAACCUUCCUGACGAGUAUCAAAGUACACCAAACCUCGGCUUCUUACUUAGACUAUUAAACUUAUUACAUUUUAACUAACCAUUUUUAAUUAUUUCUAGCUUCCAUCUAAUGAAACGAAAGUGAAUGGAGUUAUCGUAAUCAGAUUACGUUUCGACUAGAAAGUAGGUGUAAUGAACCAUGAUUUAAUUUUGACUCAACUCAAAUAACAUCUGUAAAAAUAAAUAAAUAAAUUUGGUAAUUAAAGUUUCAUAUAUUGUUGUACCUAACAUUUAUAUUAUAAGCUGGAUUCCCCGAAAUACCCAUCGAAUUAGCGAUUCAUCUAUCACCAUUUGAAAUUUAACUCAAUUGUUUUCAUCCAUUUUACUUUAGUAAUGAAGUACUUAAAUUAAGCUCUGGUCUUGAAGAAUUCGGUACACCAAGUUGGUCAUUAACAUUAUGUUUAUUGACUUGUUGGAUAAUUUGUGCAUUAGCUGUUAUCAAAGGUGUACAAUCACUUGGUAAAGUAAGUGGUUUAUGUACUUCAGAAUUUUAAAAAUAAUACUCAGUACACAUUAAUGUCUUAAAGGUGACUUAAUUUCUGUAGUUCUUUUAUAUUUAACGAACAAUAUAAACAGUGAACAUAGUAAGAUGAUGUAAUUCAAAAGUAUGAAUCCAACUUAUUAGUGUUUAGAUGAAUUAAAACAAGUUCCAUUGAAAUCAUGAGCCGACAUAAGCUCGACCAACAUUGAAAACUUGGUGCACUGGACGUCCGUUUAGUUCUAAAAUUGGACUUUUAAGCAAUGCACAACCACGAUAUCCCAUAAGCGAAACUUGAACACAAGCCUAACAUCUGGACCACUGAGUCAGCACCUAACGAUGCUAAUGUUUAAAUUCAAUCAAACCCCGUCAUUGCUCGACCACCUUCCAUUGUCUUCGGUAGGUUAGUGCAUCAUAAUAAGUUUGUCUUGUUAUCUUCCGAUUGGUGUUUAUAUUUGUAAGUUGAUUUAUUGAUUAUAUUGUAUUUUUGUUGAUGACAGGAAUUUUCGUCAUUCAACUAUCGAUGGUGGAAUCAUUAUAUUUCUUUCGAUCCGGAUAAUUAAUUCGCCUCAUAUAUUUGAGUAAUUAGGAUUUGCAUUUUCUAUACAUAAUCAUUGAAUCAAAAGGCAUAUCAUCACAAGACAUAAAAGGUAUUUAUGGAUUCAGAUUGAUGGACGUCUGAAGUAUAAAAAUCAUAGUGUUAUAUUCUCCAGUUCAAUUCGUCAACAGUUGUACCCUUUUCGACGUAUUGACUAGUCUACUAUGCGAAUGACGGGACUAAAACCAAAACCACGUAGGAAGCUGUGUUGCUCAAACAAAAUUAUACUGUUCACAAGUAACACGGUUGUGUAAUUUUUUUAACUGACCCAAAUCGAAAAAUGUGGAUGAUGGUUUUGGUCGAUAAAUAACUCAGAAUAUCUCACUCAUAUUUGAACCUCUCACCUAUAACAAAGCUUUACGGCAGCCAGCAACCCAUCUAGAUUUUUUCAAGAUAUCAGAACAUCACUAGAAUUUGAGAGUCAAGAAUGGAAUAGGGUUCCAAGGAAUACUGAAACGUGAACUGAUCUAAGUUUUCAUGACUGGUUUAGAGUUAUGCGAUUAGUGUGUCCGUUUGUGCACAUAUACAUUAGUGGACACAUCACAAACCAAAGUUGCUUGGUUUUCAAUACUUUUACACAAUACUGAUUCGAAUUAGUAAUAACUGAUCAAUCCAUGCUUUUCAAAAUCAAAUGUCAUUUUAACUAUUCACACAGAUAAUCACGAUGUUAGAACAAACUUUCUGUUUUCUUUUCUACAGGUGUCUUAUUUUACAGGCAUAUUUCCAUAUAUAAUGUUAACCAUUCUCUUAAUACGAAGUGUACUUCUUCCAGGUGCCAAAGAUGGUGUACUAUAUUAUUUGACACCUGAUUUCUCACGUUUAAAAGAUCCACAAGUAUGGGCUGAUGCUGCUACACAAAUCUUUUUCUCUUUGGGCUGUUGCAACGGUGGUUUGAUAACAAUGUCGAGUUAUAAUAAAUUUAAGAAUAACUGUUGUAGGUAAGUUGAAAAAAAUAUGAAAUAAUUUUAAUGUAGGGAAUUCAUGAUGAUUGUUGACUUCAUAGUUUACAUAACGGCAGGUUAGUUUACUAUGGGGUGGGGUCGCUAACCCUAUACCCAACCCUCCUCCUUUACCUGGGCUUGAGACCGGCAGUAACUCUGGGAGAGCUACAGGUGAAGUUUCACAUAACUGAAUAAUAUUUUUUAAUAACAACCGAACUGACAAUUAGGGUUUAUUCAACAAUUAUUUCUUCCUAAUUAGGAACUGAAAUUAUGUACAUAUGUGAUCAAUCGGAAAUCAAUUACAGUAGUCCUGUGUUCUAGUCUUAGCGAGGCUAUGAAAUGCUCAUUGUUUUCAAGUUUUAUACUAUACCAAAAUAACAGUUCAAUUCAUCUUGCUUCUUGUUUGAUUGAAGUUGGUUUUUAAUGUAAACCAUACAAUAUGUAACUGUUUAUUUAAACAUAAAACGUAUUAAUGACAGUAAUGCGUAUAAUAAUAAUGGACCGAUUGAACUAUCAGGUAUUAAAAGAUAGUUUACAAUCUCAGGAAUUUCGCUUUUUCUGUUUGAAGUUAGACAUUAACACCGUUGGAUACUGGCUCAGUGGUUUAGUGAUUAAGUGCUCGAGCGCGCGAGACUCAUGUCCUGGGUUCGAAUCUCGUGAGGCGGGAUCGUAGAUGCUCACUGUUGAGGAGUCCCACAAUAGGAUGAAAUGGCCGUCCAAUGCUUCCAGGUUUUCCACGGUGGUCUAGUUUCAAUUGACUCAUGAUCUCAACCAUUGAAAUUGCUACAAUAUCCACAAAAUCCCUUCUCACAUAUUUCUAAAUUGUUGUCUCACAAAUGAUCUGGCUACUUGAUCCCAAUAAAUAUCUUUAAUUUCAUGGAAUCAUUACUAGUUUUAUGAUAUUUCAAUCAAUGUACUUUUCUUUGUAGUUCUAUUUAAUUAUUUACUAUAAAAGGCAUAAUUUUCAUCUACAAAUCGAUUAUGUCAGUUAUUUAUCGCAUUUUUUUAAGCGAGUUAUUAAUUUCGAAAGAUUUUUACAUAAACUGUGUUUAAGAACAGUUUUGUGCUCAGAAAUUGUUUAGUGAACAAAUAAAUCUAUCAGAAAUGAAUUGAGUCUAUGGAAAAUGCAAUAAUUUGUAUAGUUCAACAGGGCUAAUGUAUCAACAAAUAAAUAUGUGAAAAAAAAUUUUUUUUCAAUUUUUAUCAAUAAGAUGUUUUUGCUGUUGUUGUUGUUAUUUUUCGAAAGCAAGACUGAAAUUUCAUCUUUGCUAUUGUAAUCCAGUUUCAAAGUUGAUUAUAAGUAGAGAUUAUAGGAAAGUAGAAAUAAUCGUUAUAAUUAUCGUUUCAUAUAUUUUGUUCUUGAUUAUUCCUUAAUGUACUGGUUUACUGAAUAGAUUAAUUUAAACUAAUAUAAUGUUCUAUAUACAUUACUGCAAUUAAGGUGAAGUUAAUGAUUUAAUUAGGUAUAAUGUAUAACAUUAAUAAUAUAUGUUUGUAUGAAACUGUCAAAUAUUAGUACGAGGGUUGAGGCAAGGCUUGAUCAGUGUUUACAUAUUUAAUGUCUUUAUAAUUUCAGGAAUACACUUUUAGUUAGUUACCAUGUCAGAUUUGUUCAGAUGGUUGAAUUUUCGAUUACAACAUUAGACAACUGUUUACUUCUAAUACAGGACACCUCAGUAGCCCAUAUUCAUGUAACCCUAUCACAGGAGAUAAUAUCUAAAAUCCUUCAUUCUGAUAAUAAGUACUAAACGUUUAGAGAUCAUUUAAUCCGAUAGCCAACAGUUUACAUGUCUAACUUCAAUUAUCGUCAAUUAGUUAUCUAAAACACUAUUAUUUGUCUACUGGAUCACGAUAAUGAUCAUUUCAUUACUCAAUAACUAAAAGAGUAAAAUAUUAAGUUACAAAUUAUCUGUUUAAAAAAUAAUAAUAAUAAAUCAUUUUUAAAUUGCUAAAAUUUCAGUUUUGAAUGGAAUAACUCUUAUGAAUAAAUUAAUUAGUUACCAUUAUGAAACAAUAACAUUUUAUCAUAACGAAGUCAUUUGAAACAUGUGUACAAUUGAAAUAAUUAUUAACAUGUUAUACAAAAUAUCAAUUGUCAUUUAUGCUUAUUUGAACACAUUGAAUUGAUAUAAAAACUCACCUUUUAAAAAUAAAAAAAAACUAAAGUACAUUCAAGUUCUCUCAAUUUUUCUUUUAGAUCCUUUUACAGUUUGAUCAUUACAGUUUUCUGCUGUAUUUUCUAUUUUGGCACUGUUUUAUGGUUAAUUAGUUGACCAUACAUUAAGUGUUUGAACGUAACAAUUCAUUCAGUUAAUGUUAUAUUAUAUGAAUAUUGUCAAGUUUAUCGUGACAAAUAACCAAACUUUAGACUAUUCGCCCACCUGUUAUUUGUCCGUUCCACGGUAUUUCCGUACCUCAGUAAAACUUUUUUUAUUGAAAUUAGUGAUGAUAUUUUUGGAUCGCAGUUAUUCAUGGAAUCUAGGAUAGAAACCUUAUUUUAUAUGAAACCCGUCGGUUGAGGUACCUAUACUUUAGGGUCAUCAUUUACACUACAACCUAAACCGAGUUAAAUAACUUUUAUCGGUGAAAGUAUAAUAUUGAAACGAGUCAAUCACAAUCGAGAAUGCAACUAUCAGAAUUAUGUGCAAAGUUCAUAUACUAAGUAUUAACAAUUGUACAAAAACUACUUUAUAUCCUUCACAAAGUUUAGAUUGAAAAUGAAGAAUGUAUUUCUAUUACCAUAUUGUAUACAACACAUCCAGCGCUCAAUCCUUUAUAUCUAGGCUACAUAUGACGGGUGAAUCGUCACUAUCCCUAAAUACUAACACUUAAUCUUGAAAUAGGCAUUUUUGGAAGGAUUAUUUUAAUUUAUUGUAAACCCCCAUGAAAUUUUCCGCUAACUCCAUACACCAACAUGUCUACAGAACAUGUGGUAAAUGCCCCAAUCCUAUACCUGAUUUUGACCAAGAACAAUAUGAGUACUCUAAAAAUUUUGAUUUUUCGAUUCACUGCGUUAUAAAUAAGAAAUCACAAUAUCUAUCUAGUGAGCAUUCAUGGUAUAAAGCUUAUAAUUAAUUUACAAUAGUGUAGGGAUCGUAGAAGGUAUAAAAAUAGUUCACGAGUUAAUUGUAAGCACAUAAUUAGGAGUAAUUUUCAAUGUUUGUCAUAAUCAUUUGUUUCUCUGGCCAUAACACAGAGAACUGUACUGAUAUUGAUGGAAAUUUGGUUUACUUGAAAUCAGUAUUAAUCGGAUACACUACAACAAUUUUUAUUCAUACCUAUUUGUUAUAAAUAUUAAUUAUUUGAAUAUGUCCGAAGAUAAACAAAAUCAUUUAGAUGACUCAUUUUUACUUGUCAAACUAAAAUUCAUUAUUUACCAAAAUGCUGUUCUAUGCCAGCCUCUUUCAUACAUGUUUAUCCCAAGAAAGUACAUGUUUCCUAGUUCAUUUACUAUUGAUGGUCUCGUUUAUCUGUAGUUAUCAAGUAAUCCAUGACAUGAUAACUAUAUUUCUUUAGCUAAGUCAAUCUCAUCAAACGAGGUAUAAAUAAUAAAAGAAGUCUACAUAAAUUGAUUCACUAGGUGGAUAGCAAUCAAGGUCAGUUUUGUCCAAUCUGGGCAUUUAUUAACAAUCGAUCGCAGACCAUCAUAAAACUGAUUUUUAUCGUCUCCACUGCUAUCAUUGGUGGGCGCACAGAACUGGAUGAUGUUCAUCUUAAUCACGUCCCUUGUUUUAAAAAAUGCUUUGAUGAUCUUGGAUUUAUGAGAUUCCCAUCCUAUAACUGCUUUUUGUGCAUCUUUGGACAGCACCAUUGCAACUACUUGGGUGUGCAAGACAUUUUCAUGACCGAAGCUAAUCUUUUCUGCCUAGCUGAUGUCUUAAUUAUUCCAAGCACCUCCAGACUGUAUCUCCUCAUUUCCUCAGCCAUUUGACUGGUUCAUCCGGUUUCCUAUAUUGUCUGGACAUUCGGUGUAUCUAUGUUAAUUUUUUCUCUGGUUGUUAGGAUGGUCAUCGGCCUCGUGGUUUCCGAAGAGUCCCGUCUUUCACCAUGAGCUAUCACAACUCUUCUAAACGAAGACCCUUCAACAUCCAGGAAAGAGUUUAAAUGCUUUAAAUUGUUUUUCCUGGUUGGCGUUGUGUUCUACGGGAUGAGGCUGCUAACCUCAUCCCCAACCUUUUUUUAUCCGGGCCCUAGGACCGACAUUAACCCUAGAAAGAUUUUAGGCAGAUUGCUUCACUUGUGUAAACGAAACAUUAUCAAGAGUUGAAAUGGUAUAUGGUAGCUGUUUGAUUAAGUUCAUAAGUAUUUUAACUUGUAUACAAUUUUCUACAACAAUUGAUAUACAUUUUUCAGUGAGCAUAUGCUUAACGGACAAACUAUUAUUGGACCCAACGAAGAAUGAAGCAUGAUAAGUGUACCAUAACUUAUUGUUGAUUUUGUCGGUUUUGUUAUUUUCAGAAAGUAAUAUGGCGCAUACCAACUAUCAAAGUAAUCUAAAUUAACCCUCCAGCACUUAUAAUUAGAAAACCAUCAGAUUUUCAUGUUUCAUAACUCUAAAUAUUUCCUUAUGAAAGUUUAUGAGAGUUUGUGGGUAGAUAUAGAUGUGUUUUGUUAAAAACAAUUUCAUAUUCAUAGCCGUAUCCAAUUUUCACUGAAUCUAGGUGAAAAAGCAAUCUGUUCACUAUCACGAGAAAAGUCGUCAUCAAUCUGUUUAGUUAAAUCAUACUUUUGUUAACUGAUAACUUAAAUUUUCACACUCGUUAAGAUUUUGAAUCACUGAUGGUAGUUAGUUGAUGUCUUUUUGAUUAUUGUUAAUAUCAUUACUAUUCCACUUCUAUCAGUUUUUAUUAGUAUUAUGUUAAGAACCUUGAUAGAAUUUCCCAGAAUCCUUUGCCUGUGGUUUGUGGAAGAAUAGUACAAGUCUUUUAAUAUAUUGUUAAUAUAAAAAUCACUUAUAUACUAGUCAAACUUCUAACUGCCUAUUUAAUCAGUCAUCUUUCAGUUACUAAUUGUUUAUAUGUAGAAGUUGAAUGCUGAAAAACUGAUUUCUCUGCCGCUUCCUAGCUCCUAAAUUUCUCCUACUCUUAAACGUUGAACAGUUAAAAUAAAGGUGCAAAGUAUAGAAGAAAGUUUACUUCAUAAAUGAAUUAAUAAAAGGAAAACAAUUUUCUUCAUAAACUUUUAUGUAACCAUGAGACCCUAGAAGCUCUUGAGAAGUACACUAGACUUGGUGACAAAUCCGUUAGUUGUUUAUUUUCGAAAAUGAAAACAUAACAGGUAAGAAUUAAUAUAUUUUCAUUAUGACUACCAGUGGAGCUAAAAAGGCUGUAUCACUGCAAUCAGUUCACUCAGAAUGCACAUAUGUCGAUGGAGACUGAUCAAUUGCGGUUCUCAAUAUCAACAUUUAAAAGUUACAAUUCCUUGUUUUUAACAAUAACAACAGAUAAGUUGGAAGAAGCUAUCUCAAAAUCAUUAUUUCGAUGAAUUCACAGACAACCGGAAAUUUCUGUUAAUUAUUGAACCAAUUUUUCACCAGUAGCAGUAUCUCUUAAAUAGUGUGGUUAUUCUUGUAAGAAUUUGGUUAUAUACUUAUUAACAAAAAUAGUCUUAUAGAACUUACUUAUUAUCUUAAUUGUCAGCUAUAUUUCAACGCCAUUCAAUAUAUUGUCAUACACUACACCGAUCCGAAACAACGAUCAAUUAAUUUCUCAUACUUAUGUGUUGAUUGGUAUCGUGACAAACACCAUGUUUUACGAUAUGUAUAUAAACUAACAGUACAUUGCUUUUUGAUGAUUUCCAUGUUUGAAGAUGACCACGUGAAUAAUGCGUCAGAAAAUGUCGAAAAAGAUAGUAUUUGUAACCAGUCAUGUGGUGUUUUGCUGUUUUUUAAUCAGAUGUUCUUUUUAUCAAAUUGGCAUUUGCUAUGAUCCAUACGAAACAAAACUACAACAACUUAAUGAUAGUAAACAUUCGUGGACGGUGGAUGAUUUUGAUGGUGUUGAUUACCCCGAGCUAGAUAAUUUAAUUGCUAAGCUUUCAUUGCGAUUCUGAACAAUAUCUCCAGCGUUUACUUCAUGGGAAAAUAAGAUUCCAAGUUAUUCCACUAUUGUUAUAUAGGUUCAUUCGGGUAACUUAGUGAUUGACAUUCUUCAUUGGCUUAACCAUCUUCACAUGCCUUUAAAUUCACGUUUACCGUCAUUGUUGGUUGACUACCGAUCUUGUGAUUGAUUACUCUUAUCUUCAUAGGGUCAUAGACUGGAUUAGCGUCGAUUUGCUUGUUGCUUUCUAAUUGAUCUGAGCUCCAUGCUUUUAGAAAUUUUCUGACAUCCUAAGAGUUUCCCUGAUCCAAAAUUUGUCAAUUCUUCAUGUACUCCAUUGCUAAUCUGUGUUCACUUAUGCGUUGGUCAAGGAUCCACCCACUUUGUCCAAUGUAAUACUCAUAGCAGUUGGUCCAAUUUGUUUUGUAAAUAAUGUAUUUCUCUACUUUUGUUGUUGCGUUUUUUGAUUUACAUAGAGUGGACUGAAAUGACAGUUGAUUUGCGAAUGAUGUUGUUACUAGAGAACUUCGUGAUAUUGAUUACAUUUUCUGAGGUUGGUUUUUUGAGGGUAUGUUGACUGAACAGACUUCUUUUGCUGAAAUUGAUAAAGUAUCAAUUAUAACGAAAGACGAACUGGAGGUGAAUGAAUUGAAUGAUUAAAACGUUCACUUCUACAUGAAGAAAGCGCUAAAAAUGUCCUCAUUGGCUGUCAUAACUGACGGCUGAAUUUAUUCACAACUUUUUUAGUCCUCAAUAAAUGCGUUGUUCCUAAACCUAUCGAGCAACUUUCAUUUCAUUUGGUUAGUGAGUAAUACUGUGUUUAACAGUGUAUAAUCUUCGUUAGAAAUUUCACUCUACAUGUUCGUUUCACUGUGUAACACUGAAUCGUCCUUAGCAGAUAAUUGCUAGUAACUAAUACUUCAAACUCUUCAAAUGAUAUGAAAAAUACACUCAAAUAUGAAACACUUCUCGCCAGAAUGAAAAAUCCCUGGACCACAGCAAACCUCAUCAUAGUUGACAUUUAGAUAGGUAAUCCACCAAAAUUAAAUGAAUUAAAAAAUAUCAUUAAUAUUUUCUGGUCUAUUUACGAGUCAACUGAAAAAAAUUUAAUCUUGUCAAAGGAACGUCUCACUUAUGGGAAAUACAAUGCCGUAUAACAUCGAAAACGUCAGGUUUUUUCUUACUGAAACCUCAUUUAUCUUCACUUUUCUCCAUUAAAAAAACAGGGAUGCUGUAAUAUUCGCUAUCAUCAAUUGUGCAACUUCUGUAUACGCUGGAUUUGUUAUCUUUAGCAAUUUGGGUUUUAUGGCUUUAACAAAGAAUACAACAGUCGCUGCAGUGGCGACAUCCGGUCCUGGACUCGCUUUUGUUGUCUAUCCUGAAGCGAUGACAAAUAUGCCUCUGCCUAGUUUAUGGUCAGUGUUAUUUUUCAUCAUGAUGUUAACACUUGGUCUUGGUUCACAGUUUUCCAUAUUGGAAACAACCCUAUCCGGCACAGAAGAUGAACUGAGACGAUUAGGUGUAGUGUUGACAACAAAACGUAAAAUGUUCUAUCGAAUUGUUAUAUGCUUUGUUGAUUUCUUGCUUGGAUUACCUAUGGUCUGUGCCGGUGGUUAUUAUUUAUUCUCUAUAUGUGAUAGUGUUAUAUCAGGUUAUACACCUUUGGUUAUUGCAUUAUGUGAAACAAUUGUUAUCUGUUAUGUAUAUGGUUUAAAACAAUUUCGACGUGAUAUUGAAAUGAUGAUUGAUGAACGACCAAAUUGGUAUUGGCGUAUUUGUUGGCUUGUAUUCACACCGAUCAUUUGUUUCUUGUUGAUCAUUGCAAUAUUUAUUUAUUCAACAGAAUUUAAAGAAGGCAAUUAUACAUAUCCACAGUGGGCAUUAAUAUUUCGUCAAAUAUUAGCAGCUAUACCUGUAUUAACAAUCAUUGCAUGGUUUUUAUAUAAAUACUGUAAAGAAGGCGGUUAUGUUGUAUGUUUCUUUCAUUUUUUUAUGUUGUGAAUCACUUAUGAGUGAUUUAUCUUUGAUAAAGUGUAUUAGGUGAAUAAAAAACAUACUUUGUUGACAAAAAUUAGCAACUUUCGUUAGUAUAGCCCACUUUUAGCUAAUCAGCAUGCAAGUAAUGUAAAUAAAUAAUUAUUAAGGGGUUCUGUGGAGAUUGACUGAUUUAAAUAGAUCACAUUAUAUGCUGAUCAUAGUUGGGCCAUCACUGGAAACCAGGAAGCACUGUUUCUUUCUAGUUACAAUAGAAGAAUGAUUCGUAGCCGAAUUGAUAAACGGUUAUGUAAAUAGUUCUUUAAUUCCGGAUCUCAAAAACAUAUUAGUCACAUUGAAACAUUUUCAAAUUAUGUUAAGACGUCACGUUGCAACUCGUUUCGUUUUGUACAAUUUUUUCCUAUCGACAGUCUACUCAGUUUUUUCGUUAAUAUUUCAAAAGUUACUCUCUAAUUCCUCAAUAUUCUUUAGUCUUACUGUGUUUAUAAAUUUAAGACGUCCUAUUCAGAUACAAAUUGUUUACCAUUAGCUUGCUUAAAAAUCUGUCUUCAAGCUACUAUCUUAAAUCUAACUAUGACUGGUCAGUAAAACUUACUUUUACAUCUAAACCUUAGUGUUGAUCAGAUUCUACCAGUCAAGUUAUACUGUAACUAUUAAUGUAAAUAUUUUCUCUAUAGUUUCAUAUACUUUGGUGUUCAGGAACAGAGUCGACAGAGUGAACUAGAUAUAUGUUUCAUUUUAGUUUACUCGAAGGUAUAUUUUUAUUUCCCAUUACUACAUAGAAAAUUAUUUUUAAACCCCCUACCUCCCUUUAUGAAUAGUUAAUGAAAGAAUUUUUGAAACCUGUUCAUGAAUGGGGACCGGCUGAGAAAGAAUAUCGUACAGAAUUCAUUUCGAUGAUUAAAUCAAAUGAAUCGUUACAUCGUUCGCGUAUUUAUGAUAUUGGUCCUGGUAAUGCGUCUACAACGAUGACUCAUGCAAUAUCUAGUAGUCAAAUGAAUUUUAAUUUAGGCGGUUCACUUGUCAGUGGAUUAGCUGUUGCCACUGGGGUAAUGGAUGAUACGAAAUUUUUUCAAAGUAAACUAAAAGUAGCUGAAAAACUUACUGAAGCUCAUACAAAGGAAGUGAUAAAACGAGCUGCUAGUAAUGCAGAUUUUGUUCCAUUAGAUCCUAACGUAGCUUUAACAACCAGUCAAACAGCUUUAGCUGCGGCCAGCUCUGCUGUUAUUCUCAACACAUUACAGAAACAAAUUCCAGAAAAUUCUGCUCAGACGUUUACUUCUAUAAAAUUACCGGAACAAAUUGAACGUGGUGAUGAUGACGAUGAUGAUGAUGAUGACAAUGUUGAUAUUGUCAGAGUUAAACAAAUAGCACCAUCACAUCAGAAACAUGAUUCAAAUGAUCAUCAUCUUCAAUCAACAACACCGCACUGCCUACAACAAAGUCAUUAUCAAGAAGAAAACCAUGAAGUACAUUUCGACAAACUGAAUAAAAUUCAACGUUUGAUUGAUAAAGUUAAAAAUUCUAUUUAAAAUAUUAAAUUGGUUUGAUGAGUUAAAAAGGCGGAUAAAUCUGGAGGUUUCGAAAUAAUAAUAAAAAACUAUAAGAUCUUGUUUGUUUGGAAUUCAUUCUCAGCUUUGCAUGAUUUAUAUUUAUAUAUACUGUUUGUAGUAUUAUUGUUAGAAAUACACUUAAAUAUUGAAUCAUAGAAUUCCAAAAUCAAUUGCUCAAAAGAACAUUUGUACACUUUGUUGUAUAUUGUUAUUUACUCUUUAUGUACAAGCAUAUUUUUUAAAUAAAGAUCCUUUAUUUCAUG